UCUUCCCGGGGGGAGCGGGGCCCGGAGCGAGGCCCGCCCUGUCCUGCGCCAGGGCCGCCGGCGGCUCCUUCCUGCUCCCGCCUCGGCCCGGUAUUGACUAUAGGUAGAAGAAUACAUGUUCUCUUUUAGUGAAGAGGAGCAUGUUCCCAAAUUCCUCCAACUUGGGUCGUCCACCCUUCCCUCCAAAACCUCAACAGCACAAUAACUUCUUCAAUAAGCUUCCACUGAACAUACCACCCACUCUUCUCUCUCACCAGCAAAUUAUAGAUGCUCAGUUCAACUUUCAGAAUGCAGCUCUUUCCAGAGCACUCUUGAGUGGGAACCUCACAGCUAUCCCAGCUGUUUCACCGCAGCCAUUGACUUAUGGAAAUGGCAACUCCAUACGUACUUCGGCUGCCUCCACAACAUUUCGGGGUAGGAAGAGGCUAAAUGAACAAAAUGUUCCAUAUGAUGUCAAACGGCAGCGGUUUCAUUCACCCCAUCGUGACUCAACUCUAGUUAACCAAACAGUGCCUUUACCAGAAGAACGUAGAUACUCCUUUCCAGGAUCAGUUCCUUCGCCAUUGUUUCAUACGCAUUAUCUACCAGAUUUGACUGGUUGUGUCCCUCCCUUGCAAGAUUCAUUUCCCGACCCUAUAGAAACUACUCUUCCUGUGGCCAAAGAUAAGUUAAGUCAGCAGGUUCUGGAGUUGUUUCAAGCCUGUCAGCAACAAACCUGUGACUUGAACAAAAAAGAGCUCUGCCGAACGGAACUCCAGCGGGAAAUUCAGCGAAUUUUUCCACAGGGCAGACUCUUUUUGGUUGGAUCCUCACUGAAUGGGUUUGGUACUCGUAGCAGUGAUGGUGAUUUGUGCCUCGUGGUUAAAGAAGAGCCAGUAAAUCAGAAGACUGAAGCAAGGCAUAUACUCAGCUUAGUCCAAAAACUCUUCAGUACUAAACUUUCAAGCUACAUUGAGAGACCUCAGCUGAUUCGAGCAAAAGUGCCAAUAGUGAAAUUCAGGGAUAAAGUCAGCUGUGUGGAGUUUGACUUGAAUGUAAACAAUGUUGUAGGAAUAAGAAAUACAUUCCUUCUCAGAACCUAUGCAUACAUUGAGAAUCGAGUUCGUCCAUUAGUACUCGUUGUUAAGAAGUGGGCAAAUUUUCAUGACAUUAAUGAUGCCAGUCGUGGUACUUUAAGCAGCUAUAGUCUUGUGUUGAUGGUUUUGCACUAUUUACAAACCCUACCUGAGCCCAUCCUUCCGUCACUCCAAAAAAAUUACCCUGAAUCUUUUGAUUCUACUAUGCAGCUGCACCUUGUACAUCAAGCUCCACGCACCAUUCCUCCUUACCUCUCCAAAAAUGGAUCAAGCCUUGGAGACUUGUUAGUGGGCUUCUUUAAAUAUUAUGCCACAGAAUUUGACUGGAGCAGUCAGAUGAUUUCAGUUCGUGAAGCCAAAGCUAUUCCAAGACCUGACGGUAUUGAAUGGAGAAACAAAUUCAUUUGUGUAGAAGAGCCUUUUGAUGGAACAAACACAGCUCGGGCUGUGCAUGAAAAGCAGAAGUUUGACAUUAUCAAAGACGAAUUUCUAAAGUCAUGGCAAAGGUUACGAGACAAGAAAGACUUGAACUGUGUAUUACCUUUAAGAGCAACUAUACAGAAAAGAUAACUGGCUACUUCUUUCAUUGUCUCCUUAUUGGAUUCUGCUGAAAUAUAAAGAACAAUAUUACAACUCAAGAUGCAGUUACCCCAUGGUUUUUUAUGAAGUGUUUUUCUCUUUCAAGUUUUUGUUAAGGAAAUGUUUGUAAGAAAGAUUGCAUAUUUUAUUAUGACAUUUGUUAAUACAACCUUUCAUUCAAAGAUGCAUUUUUUUCUGAAAAUGCUUACAUCAGUGACAUGUAUAAGAGGAAGAGACCAUUACAACCCAAAUUUCAGACCACAGAAAUCUAAGGAAAGAAAUGGAGUGUAUUGAUCUGUUGUUACCAUCAGCUGUGUAUUGGUUAAUUCAGUCACAUAAAAUAAAGAAAUAAAAAGCUAACAAGUGUGUGAGUCCAACUAUCUUUAAGGCAUUGCACACAAUACACAUUUCUUGGAGGAUAAGCAGCCCGUGCUUAACAACUGCUUAAUGCAGUAUGCACUUUUGCUCUACUUGGCACUUUCCAGUUUUUAUUUCCCUGUUAUAUGGAACAACAGUAAAUUAAUCACAGUAAAACUAGACACUAGUUGUUAUAGUGUUCUUGAUGCCAAGAACUGUAAUUCAAACUGGAAUUUUUAAGCAGCAGGGCUACUACAAAACAGUUGAAAUAACCAGUGGCAAAACAAUCCAUGUAAGCGCUUAAUAUUCGCACAGAGUAGGUCAGAUACCUUUUUGUGUUUUGUUUCCAUAUGCAAAGUAGUAGUGAUAGCUGCUAUAAAGCUGCUAAAAUAAGCCAAGUUUUUGUUUUGACUUUGUGUAAAUAUUUGUAAAUUGGUCAGCUGCUGUAAAUUUAAAAUUUAAAAAGUAAUCUUGAAAAUUUUAACUUUUCCAAAAAACAUGUGAAACUUCUUUUAGAACUGCUGUAGCACAGUUUGUGCCUCUCCUGUGUUUGUUAUUGCAGACGAGAUCACAUGUUAAAAUUGUUACUUAUCAUUGAUGUCAAAUUCAUAUAUUUUCAUUUUUUUAAGUUUAAUAUUUUGUAUGGUGUCCAGUGGAAUAAAGUUUAUGUAUGGAAAAUUGA